ACAUCUUUCAAUCUCUUCUUGAUUCCAAUCCAUUCUCUACUACCUUCCUGUAUCCAAGCUCUGUAGGGGAAAUGGCCACUGUCACUACUCAAGCCUCGGCCUCGAUAUUCAGACCAUGCACUUCCAAGCCAAGAUUCCUCACCGGUUCUUCCGGUAGGUUGAACCGAGAAUUGUCGUUUAAGUCAAUCGGCUCAAAGACGUCCUCGUUCAAGGUUGAAGCUAAGAAAGGAGAAUGGUUGCCCGGUUUGGCAUCUCCUGGUUAUCUCAACGGCAGUCUUGCCGGUGAUAAUGGGUUUGACCCAUUGGGACUGGCAGAGGAUCCAGAGAACUUGAAGUGGUUCAUCCAGGCAGAGCUUGUCAACGGACGGUGGGCCAUGCUCGGCGUCGCAGGGAUGCUUUUGCCUGAAGUUUUCACCAAGAUCGGAAUCAUCAACGUUCCUGAGUGGUAUGAUGCCGGGAAAGAGCAGUAUUUUGCAUCAUCAUCGACAUUGUUCGUGAUCGAGUUCAUAUUGUUUCAUUACGUUGAGAUCAGACGGUGGCAGGACAUUAAGAACCCAGGGAGUGUGAACCAAGACCCUAUCUUCAAGCAAUACAGCUUGCCUCCAAAUGAAGUUGGUUACCCCGGAGGAAUCUUUAACCCUCUUAACUUCGCUCCUACGCUCGAGGCUAAGGAGAAAGAGCUUGCAAAUGGGAGGUUGGCGAUGUUGGCAUUCUUAGGGUUCGUGAUUCAACACAAUGUGACUGGAAAGGGACCAUUUGAGAACCUGUUGCAGCACUUGUCUGACCCAUGGCACAACACUAUUGUCCAAACCUUCAGCGGAUGAUUUAAGACGGACCUAUGAAUUUAAUACAUCUCUAUCUUAUGCUACCUUAAUAUAUCUGUGUGUGUGAGUUGCAUCUUAGAGUUCUUGGUUUGUGAGCAUGAGACAAUAUGGUAUUGUUGUAGCACAUUUAAAAAUCUUCAGUGUACAAAGGAACCAAGUUCAUCAGGAUUAUGCUACUCUUUAAUACC